GAAAAAGAAAAAGGAAAAUAUCAUAUCCAGUGGUGGCAUAAAUCUGGAGAAUUAUAGACCUUUCACAUGUCUUGUCCCACGAGGAUCACACCGUUCGUUUAAGCAUUUCCCUAUUAACAUAGAUGGAUUGGAACUUUUAUAUGAUUUACGAAUGGAACAAAAUCAAACAGGUGGAGGGAAGAUUUCCACAUCCACCGAGUAUGAGGACUUGUUGCCUGUGAUGGCAGAGAAGCUGGAUGUAGACAACUUUAUGUCAGAAUUAUGCAAGGGGUUUCAGCUUCUUGCUGAGCCUGGAAGAGGGUUAAUAACAGCCGGAAGCCUGAGAAAGAAUUCAGCACUUCUGGGCAUGGAGGGGAUGAGCAAAGAGGAUGCAGAAGCCAUGGUUAGAGAGGGAGAUCUUGAUGGAGAUGGAGCACUAAACGAGACUGAAUUCUGCAUCUUGAUGGUAAGGCUAAGCCCCGGGAUGAUGGAAGAUGCUGAGGCAUGGCUUGAGAAGGCUAUUGAUCAAGAGCUAAAGAAAUCCUCCUCUGUUUGAUAUCGAUAUUAUUUGUCUUAUCAUGGUUGUUAGAAAUCAAACUAUCAUUCUGUUUCUCAACUUUGAUAAGGCAUAUUAUCUAUAUCUCUAUUUAUAAAUAUUUAUUUAUAUA